UGAUAUAGCAAGAUAUUUUGGAAAGAGAAAAAUUGAACCCAACUUGUAAAAAGGAGGAUAGGACAUGAACCUCCUCUGGAGAUUGGUAUCUCCAAAUUUUGGUUCACAAGUUUGUAAAUUUUCGAAAAGGUCACUUAAAUGUGUAAAAUUGUCCUCAAAUUCCGUGGUACAUGGGAUUCAUGUCUUUCAUUGCCCAGAUGAAGUAGGAAUUGUUGCAAAGCUAUCUGAUUGUAUGGCAUCAAGGGGAGGAAAUAUUCUUAAUGCUGAUGUUUUUGUUCCAGAAGACAACAAUGUCUUUUACUCAAGAAGUGAGUUUACUUUUGACCCAGCUAUAUGGCCCCGAGGAAAAAUGGAUGAGGACUUCUUUAAGCUAUCAAAGAUGUUCAAUGCAUUGAAGUCUAUUGUCCGGGUUCCCGAAAUAGAUCCCAAAUAUAAGAUUGCAGUUCUUGUUUCGAAGCAGGACCACUGUCUUGUAGAUUUGUUGCACAGGUGGCAGAAUGGUAGGCUUCCUGUUGACAUUACCUCUGUAAUAAGCAACCAUGAUCGAGGUCCAGACACUCAUGUGAUUCGGUUACUUGAGAGGCAUGGAAUUCCAUACUAUUAUUUGCCAACAACUAUGGGGAAGAAAAGAGAAGUAGAGAUAUUGGAAUUAGUUCAUGACACUGAUUUUUUGGUACUUGCAAGAUACAUGCAGGUAUUCUCUGCAGAGUUCUUAAAAAGUUAUGGGAAAGAUAUUAUUAAUAUUCAUCAUGGCCUUUUGCCAUCAUUCAAGGGUGGGAGUCCAUCUAAGCAGGCUUUUGAGUCUGGUGUUAAGUUGAUCGGUGCAACAAGUCACUUUGUUAGUGAAGUACUCGAUGCAGGCCCAAUCAUCGAGCAAAUGGUUGAAAGAGUUUCCCACAGAGAUAACUUGCAAAGCUUUAUUCAGAAGUCUGAGGAUCUUGAGAAACAGUGUCUAGUAAAAGCAAUUAAAUCAUAUUGUGAACUACGUGUUUUACCAUAUUAUGCCAAAGACAAGACUGUUGUAUUUUAAGUAUAACUGAAGAGGAAAUGAGGGUAUCCGGAAAAGUUUGUAAAUUGCUGUGGUGACUCUAGUAUAUGAUUAUACAACUAAUAUGUACAACAUACACUAUUAAACAAAACUGAAGAAUUGACUCUAGUUGUUGGA